CCCGGUCUCAUCACCGGGCUGACGGACACACAGAGACGGGGAGGGGAGGGGGACAGGCGACAAAGGGCUGACCGACCGGCACCAUGGAGCUCAGCAGCCGGUUGCACCUGGCAAGCAGGAAGUGUGUCCUUCCGCAAUAGAUGGCCACAAUGGAGCUGAGAUAACCUCUUCCUCUCUUCACAACCAAUCACGGCUCUGGGAUCGAGUGUAACUAUGGGAACAUGGCGUGGUCUACGAGUGGCGUUCAUCCUGGGGUCUUUGUUUAUGAUCCUGCUGAUCAUUGUCUACUGGGACGACGUCGGGGGCUUCAACCUCUACCCACUGCAGGAGCCCAAACACGAGUCGCCUCACCCUCUGACGACUACCGGGCCCUCGCACUCGACGUCCAGCAGCAGAACCCGGAUCAGUUCUUCCUCCACCAUCCCAACUACUGCUCCUAGUACAACACUGGUGCUUGAGGAGACAGAAGGAGCGGCUGAGGCGCAAACAAAGGAGGAGGAGGGGAAGGAAAAACAAGUACAAAGGAAGGAGGAAACAAGGGAGGAUGUGGAGAAGGAGAGAAGUCGUAAUGCUGAGGACGAUAGGGAACAGGAGGCAAGGAAGCAGAGGAUCGUGGAUGUGUGUUCAGGAAAGGACGCUGUUGAAUUCCCCGGACGGACUCGGGCGUUUGAGCAGAUCCCAAACAGGGAACUGGAUCACCUGAUAGUGGAUGACACUCACCAGAUUAUCUACUGCUACGUCCCCAAGGUGGCCUGCACCAACUGGAAGCGAGUGAUGGUGGUCCUGUCUCAGUCUCUGAUCUCGCCCUCCUCGGGAAAACCUUACACCGACCCGGAGGCCGUUCCUCCUGACCUCGUACACAACUCCUCUCUCCACCUCACUUUUGCCAAGUUUUGGCGCCAUUAUGGUUCUCUGUCGCGCCACUUGAUGGCACUCAAGCUCCAACACUAUACCAAGUUUCUGUUCGUACGAGACCCUUUUGUGCGUCUUAUCUCGGCCUUCAGGAACAAGUUUGGAAGGCCCAACGAGGACUUCUACAAGCAGUUUGGCUCUGUCAUGCUGCGUCGUUUCGGCAACGUUUCAGGCAGUUUGCCAGAGACGGCGGCGGAGGCGUUUGCAGCAGGAAUCAAACCGACAUUUCAGCAGUUUAUCACAUACCUGCUGGAUCCAGAGACCGAGACGGAGAGUAUCUUCAAUGAACACUGGCGGCAGGUGUACCGUCUGUGCCAUCCAUGCCAGGUGAAGUACGACUUCAUUGGACGACUAGAAACCCUGGAACCAGAUGCGGAGCACCUACUGAAGCUUCUGGAGGUGGACCAUCUGCUACGCUUCCCUUCGGGGGCUCGAAACCGCACCGCAGCCAGCUGGGAGAGAGACUGGUUUGCACAGAUUCCCAUAACAACGAGGAGAGAACUGUACAAGCUGUAUGAACCAGACUUUGAGAUGUUUGGCUAUCCCAAACCUGACAGCACGCUCCACCAGUAGACCCCGCCGAGCCAAAGGCCCGGGCGCUGCACUGUGUGUGGAGCCCACACCUCAACUACCUGCGCCGAGCCAGCAAAUGCCUUUGAAGACCAAUCUAUGAUGCUCUUUGUUUCAUUUGCUUUGUGCAUACCUCAAAUGACAGAAGUGCCUGCUAUUAUUAUUAGAUUUUUUGGCUUAAUUUCGUAUCUGAAACACACCUGCUUACACGCUGCGUUACCCCAGUCUGUUUUCUCCAUGUAAAGGCACUUUGAAAAGUAUUUUGUUAUUAGUAUUUUGGUAUGUCAUUGGGAAAGAACUGAAGCUAACUGUUGGCUGACUUCUCUGAGAAGGGAAAUAUGUUGCAGAGAA